ACGUUUACCCUGACAAGGAGAAAGAUAAGAAACGAUCUUUGGACCAGAGAAGGAGGGCAAUCCUGUGCCAGGAGGUUUUCCACUGUUCUUAGUCUUCUCAGCGUCUGGAUUUGGAUGACUGACUUUUCUGGGAUGAGUAAAUGUGUUUGACUGGACUGAGGAUCUCUGCAGUGAAGGAAAGUCUGUGCAACAGGCUGGACAUUGUACACAGGAGGGGAGAAAACAGGCAGCCAUAACAGAUUUCAGUUUUUGAGUGAGUACAUGCAGGAUGAGUUGCAUGUGGGGGUUUCUGCUCUGCUGCAUGGCUGGACUCUGGCUUUGUGUUGCUGACCAGGGGACACCAUCCAGUCAUGUUCGGUACAGGCACAGUGCUGAACAUCGACUGCAGCGGUCUUUGAGACAACACUGUGACCCCACUUACAACAACCACACUGCCGGGGCAAUUACACAGCAAUGUGGCCCUGGACAGUACAAGGAGAGAAGUGGACCAUACAGAGGUCAUUGUGUGCCCUGUAACUGCAAUGGCCUGUCCCAUGAGUGUGACCCAAAUUCAGGAAAGUGCCGGAACUGCCAGUUGAACACAGCUGGGGACCACUGUGAGCGGUGUGCGGAGGGCUAUUAUGGCAGCGCAGCUCUGAGGACGUGCCAAGUGUGUCCAUGUCCCUUUUCAGAUCCAUCUCAUAGCUUUGCACUCGGUUGUCUGAAGAUUGGAGAUCAGCUUGAAUGUCUGUGCAAACCAGGAUAUUUGGGAACUCGCUGUGAAAGGUGCGCGGCUGGUUACUAUGGUGACCCAUUACAGGGUGGAGGGAGUUGCCAGCUUUGUGCCUGUGAUGAUGGCUAUUUAUGCGACCCCUUUACAGGCGAGUGUGAAAAUCCAAACAACCCCAGCAUUGAUGGUGACUGCCAAGAGUGUGACAGCUGUGUUCAGACAUUGCUGGAGGAUCUGGAGGGGAUGGAUUCUGAGCUCUACACACUGAAGGUCGAUCUAGAGCGCUUUAAGCACAGCUCUGAUUCCCUCGCUGCUCUGAGGAAACUGGAAGAGGCCAUUGUUGCUGCAAAGGUGUUAGUGGUGAAGUACAACACAUCUGUCCAGCUGCUGGAGCCGAAGAUGAAAGAACUAGAGUCGGACGUGGACGGGGUCAGAAAGGACCUGAGAACACUCAAGGCCAAGGCAGAUUUGACUUCAUCAGUCACUAAUGAGGUGUUAAACGAUUCAGACAAAACUCAGCAAAUGGGCCAAAACCUGCUGACUGACACUGAGGAGCUUCUGAGAAGAAUAGAAGAACUCCAGGAGGAACUGAAAGUCUCUAACAUCACUGCACCCAGCAAAGAGGUUGCGAGGAUGCUGGAGGAAGCGAGGCAGAUGGUGGCACAAAUGAGAAGGCAAAACUGCAGCGUGCAGAGGAGACUGGCUGAGGAUGAACUCGGGGAAGCUCAGAGACUCUUAGAUUACAUCAUGAAGAACUUGACCGAUCCUCUGAACGGUACUCUGGCCACUGCUGAUCGAACCGCCCAAGACCUCAUGUCCUGGAUUGCUGAGCUUAAAGAUCUUAAAGAUGCACUGAAAAAGGCAGAGAGAACCGUGAACAAGACCAAAGUGAUGAAUGACAGGAGUGAGGCCAGUCUUUCACACAUUCUGAAACGUCAUAAGAUGCUGGAGGAAGAGCAAGAGGCCAUCUCUGCUGAUGUGGCGAUGAGUAAAGGAACACUGAGAGAGAUAACAGGUGUUCUUAUAAUGAUGGAAGACCUAAGAAAUAACUUCGCAGGACUUGCCGCUGAGCUGGACGGAGCAGAAAGGGGUUUAAAGCAAAAACUGGAUGAGCUUUCCAGGGCCACUGCUAAGGACGGCAUCGUGAGAGAGGCAGAGGAACAUGCCCAGUAUCUCAUGGAUCUUGCUAUGCACUUUCAAAUGUCUCUGCUGAAUUACACCAACACCUCAGCUGUUCAAAAGGCUGUAGAGGCCAUCAAUGCUUAUGGAGAGGUCAUUGACGCUCUUAAAAAGGCUGAGGCAGCCGCAAAUAAAGCUCAUGAAGCUGCAGACCAGGCCCUUGCGAAUGUGAAAGCACAGAAUCUGACUCAGAAGGCAGAAGAACUGAAGAACUCUGCAGUCAGUUUGCUUGACAAAGCUGAGAAAGCAGAGAAGAAUCUAGCAGAGGCCACACAAAAAUAUGCUGAUAUUAAAGACCGUCUGGACAAGGCAAAGGCUGAAGGAAAGCAUAAGAAUGAAGAGGUCCAAGCUAUGGAGGAGAUGUUGAAUGAGAUCAAUAGAGAUGAUAUUCAUGCCCUUGUGAACCAGGCAAUGGAUGCUGUCCAGGCUGCCAAUAACACUGUGUCCAAUGCUACAGCACGGUUAGAGGACAUCAGCGAUGAACUGGACAAGAUCCGUGUUCCUGGUGGAGAUUCAAACAUGGAUGAUAUACUUAACACCGUCAACAAAACAUUUAUUGAGCUGAACAAAGUCUUUCCUGAAGUCACUGAUACGCUCGCUGAGGUGUUGAAUCAAAGCAGCUGGGUGCCCACCAGAACCAAUAUGUCCGACAGCAUCAUGAGGAUCAAGGACAUGAUUGAGAAGACCAGAGAUAUGGCCAACAGAAUUAGGGGUCCCAUUUUGUUUUCUGGCAAUAGCCACAUAGAGCUUCGUCCACCUAAAAACCUGGAAGAUCUACGAGCCUUCACAGCUCUCAACCUGACACUCCACCGGCCCAAACUACACCAACACAGGCGUCGCCAGAGUGCAGAGGAAGACAAUCUGUUUGUCCUUUAUCUGGGAAACAAAAAUACACAGAAGGACUAUGUCGGUAUGGUGGUCAAGAACAGUGUACUGUAUUGUGUGUACAAACUGGGGGGCAUACUCCAUGAAAUAAAGACCAGUAAAAUCACAGAGUCCAGCACUAACAGUUCAUUUAUGGACAGAGUGGAUUUCCGCAGAGUUUACCAAGACGCAGAAGUCGUCUACACCAAGACCUACACUUCAUCUGCGCCUGAAAAGCUUCCACCAAUGACAAAUCAAGCAAAUACAACAGUUACCUUGCUGGAUUUGGACCGUGAUGAGGUGGUCUUGUAUGUGGGAGGCUAUCCAAAUGACUUCACUCCACCAAAGGAGCUCAAAUAUCCCAAAUUCAGAGGAUGCAUUGAAUUUUCCACAUUAAAUGAACACAUUCUCGGCCUCUACAAUUUCCAGAACGCUGUCAACAUAGCACGUACAGACAGAUGUCUAAGAGGUGAGGUCCGUCAGGUGGGGCAGUAUUUUGAUGGCACAGGCUACGGGAGGGUCAACAUGGCAGGCACAAGUAGAACUGUCAAAUUCUUUGUCUUAAGUAGACAAGAGAAUGCCCUGCUGUUCUUUAUGGGUAAAAAGGACACUCAUUUCACAGUUACUGUGGAGGAAGGCUUUGUCGUUUUGCGGAUAAGUCAAGGGAACCAAACCAGAACUGAAAAGAGCAAUAGAAACAUCUUCCCUGUGGUGUACUACCACCAAAUUCGAAUACUCCAAAGCACCACUGAACAUCGGGUCGACAUUACUGAGAAUUCAGUCAAUGUUUGGAUCGACUACUGGAGUCUGCAGUCUGCAGAGACAGAAGCUUUUAUAGGAGGCGUUCCAGCAGCGACAGCUGUGAGACAUAACAUCAGCUACCCACCAUUUAGAGGAUGCUUGAAAAGCCUUGAAGUGGAUGUUUAUGUCAGAUUCACUGAGGAAGUUGGAAUUGUCCCUGGUUGUCCAGUGGAUUUACUGGGUUUGCGUGAAGCUUCUUUGGAGAUGGGGGGCGCUCUUUCUUUUGGUCAGAAUAUCACACAGUCAGAUGCCGGGACGAUGGUUUCACUAGGGUUCAAAUCCACCCAGAGCAGCGGCCUCCUGCUCCACACUGGCAACGUGGACAGUGGAUUCAAACUGUCUCUGGUUGGCGGCCACGUGGAGAUGACAGACAGCACAAACACUUUGAAAUCUAAACACAGAUAUGACGAGGGAGGAUGGCACUAUGUGACGGCUUUCAGGAACAGCACAGGAAUGGAGCUAAAUAUUGAUAAUUCAGAUAUUGGAAAGAAACAGGCACCUGCCUCAGCCACCGUACCCACAGACCUAGAUAUUAUUUUAGGACAGGAGACAUUCCAGGGCUGCCUGAGGAACUUUUACAUGAGAAGGCUGGGGGACACUUACAUUCCAGCUGAUCUGAGCACUUUCAGUCAGACUGGGCUCGUGUCUUUAGGAUACUGUAAAGCACAGCACCCUCCUCUGUCCAUGACUGAGAAAAGCAACUUUAAACACAGACGGACAGUUCACUGGCCGAACGUCCAAAAGGAUUCCUUUCAGUCAGACUGUAUCAAGCCAGCCGGUCUAAUCCAGGCCUACCAUCUCAGUGCCAGCAGUCAGCUGCAGUACCGCAUACAACCAGAGGAUCUCAAUUUCAGACCCCAUUUCUCUCUGGACGUGCGGACCACGUCAGCCAGUGGUCUGCUGCUCCACAUCGCAGACAAUCAAGGUGUUUCUCAAGUGGUUUUGUUCAUAACCAGUGGCAGGGUCAAGCUCUCCGUCGGGGGAGGAGGACUGCUUCACUAUCAAAAGAAGAUUAAUAAUGGCGACUGGCACAAUAUCAGAUUUAGUGUUGAGCAGCACACAGCCCACCUUGUAGUGGAUGGCUUCCGGGUGCCGGAUGGACAGCUACAACAGGAUGAAGGGAUUUCUAUGGGGCUGCAGGCUCCUGUCUACAUUGGGAGUGGACAGGUUCAGACAGUUGCUAGAACUCAGGGCAAACCCUUCCCUAAGAAGAGCGUGAUUGGGUGUAUCCGUGAUGUCAGGUUUUAUGAUCUUCUCAUCGGAGAGCCUGCAGUCAAUCAUGGUGGAGCUCCAUGUUUUGAUGAGGCAGCAGUGGAGGGGGCGUACUUUGCUGGCGACGGCUCUUAUGCAGUUUUAGAAAAGUACUUUGUGCUGGGCGCUGAAUUCAACAUAACAUUUGAAGUUCGCCCUAGAAACGUGACAGGCUUACUGUUUCACUGCAGAGGUCAUCAUGGUCACAGCCUCAGUGUCUUCCUAAAGAAGGCCAAGAUGGUGGUGCAGAUGAAUGAGGGAGCAGGAGACUACAGCACUUCUGUAAUUGCUCCAUCACCCCUGUGUGGUCACACCUUCCACCACGUGAAAGUGACCAAAAAUGGAAAUUCUGUCAAGCUUACGGUGGGCAAAGAUUCUAAUAGCGCUGUCGGACCUUCUGUGCAUCAUCACUCCCAGGCUCAUGACGCCCUUUACAUCGGGGGCGUCCCAGAGACGAAGCGUAAGAGAGUUCCAGUGUGGAGCUCCUUUGUGGGCUGUAUGAGGAACGUGAAGAUCAACCAGGCUGCUGUUUCAUUUGAGUCUGUUACCAGUGUGUUCGGCCCUGUCAACACUAGCGAGUGUCCAGGAGACUAGGAGGCCAGUGGGACCCCGCAGUGGACAAGAGUUUUCGGAUUAAAUUUUGAGGUUAUGUUUGGGUGAUUUUAGAGAUGGUGGCAAACGUGUAGAACCAAGAGCAAAGCUGCGAUUCCUCUUGUAGAAUCCGACAUUCCUAAACUCUGCCAGAAGGACUUUUCCUGAAUAAUUAACAGUAAUGAGGGUUUGUCACAAGCAUAAGAAUGACUUGAAUCAAAUAUUUGGUACAUCAGAAUCGCUGCCUUGCCAGUGAAUUGAUCAUUCAUAUUUUUAGUAUAAAAGAAACAAUAAAUGGAAAAAUAAAUUUUAUUGUUGA